UUUAGAAAACAGCUGUUCGGUGGACAUGUUUAUCGUGCCGCGGAUGCACGGGGGAUGCGUACUGAUUGCUUCCCGUCAUCAUCGACUAGCGAGAUAACGCGGCGAAAAUAAAAUGUGAUCGCGGAAUGCGGGACACGGAUCACGGUCGGAUCACGAGAGCGCGUUUGGUGCCGCGAAAGCCGAGGUGUCUGUACAUACGGGUUAUGUUUUGACGAUCCGCGCGUAAAAUAAGAUCAUGGCACAGUGUAAGUUAACCCCUCGCGAGUUUAUUGGCAAUGCUUUCUCCCCGCAGAUCGCCGUAGUCUGUUCGACCGCGGCUGAUGCUGCGUGCCAAAAGAAUAAUCUGUCAUUCGUCGAGUUGCUUCAACCCUUUUGCAAAUUAAAUACUGAAGGUCAUUUUAAAGAUCCUCAAGGAAACACUGUGACAAUUAGAAAUCUUCGGCUUUCUAUACAAGAUAUCAAUGCGCGACCACCAGAACCAAAUCUUGCCAAGAAAAUGUUGAAUGAAGCAGUCAGUUCUACUUUGUGCGAACGCACAACCAUGGUUCGCAUUGGCUCGACUGAGUUAGAUGUUCCCAUUUCUGUACCUUGGUUUGAAGCAUGGAGAGAAACGUUUCUCAGUGUCCAAUUCCCAUCGGAUCAUGAGUUUACAAAACACUUGCUUGCAUGUAUGAUAGUUGUUUCUACAACAGAGGACAAUCCGUUAGAAAAAAUUCAGACUAUGGGAGCACAAUUGCAUCAAAGUGUAUCAGGAAAAUUACCUAAGUGGUUCAACAAUAAUGCUCUUAGAUACUACAUCUUAGUUCACGAUGCUAUUCAGGAUGAUAGAAAUAAAGCAGAAAUAGUUUUUACAGAGAUGAAAACUAUUUAUGGCGCUAACAAUUGUUUUCUAUUACAAAUGAAUUCGAGACCGCCAGGUCUUUCUGACGAUAAUACGCACUUACCUGAUCCGUGGAGUCAGUUUUUGACAAAACAUUCAGAAUUGUCUGGCAAUAGUGAACAAAACAGCUCGCCUCGUACACCCGCGGAUAUAAGCGGGUUAUCGGCCAUGCCGAGCGAGUUGACUACAGAAUCUGAUAAAACGAGUCAAGCUGGGACGCCACUAAUGCCACACAAUUCUAUUACAUUGCCGUCUUCGGAUUUGACGCAAUUAAUUUCCGGGAUUGACACAGUUAAUUUCUCUUCUGAAUUAUCUGAAUCGGCGAAUAUACAAUUAGAAGUUGGACAAGAAGCAGUUCCUGUUACAGUUCAUCCUCUCAGUCCAAACGAUGACACAUCGCAAGAUUUCAUUUCUGCGACUAAUGUCAAAGGUCAAUCUGUUACUACUAGCUCACCAAUAAAUACAAAUGUUUGGGCGGAUUCUCCGAAUUAUGUAGUUGCUCAACACGGUGCUCGUCUUUCCACUCAAGAUUUAGAAAGAUUACGGACGCUAAUUACAGAAUUCUGUCUGCGAAGUUUGUUGCCUUAUGUAGAAAAGCAGAUUGGCCUAUUAAACGAUGUAAUCUCGAAUAAGAAAGGGGUUAGUAGAUCACUAUUUAGCGCUACAAGAAGAUGGUUUGGUACAAAUAAGCCUGGUGUACCAGGUUCGGCACCUUCAAAUGCUGUAAUUUAUACAGCAGAAUCGCCGGAAUUGCAAUUACGACGCUUAGGUGAUCUGUGUUUCAUGUUCGGUCAUUAUUCUCUCGCUUAUCAAGUGUAUCAUAGCGCGAAGCGUGAUUUCGCAGCAGAUCAAGCUUGGGUGUAUUACGCGGGAGCUCUCGAAAUGGCUGCUCUAAGCGCCUUCAUGCAAGGCGAAACGAAUAGGAAGACUAUCGAGUAUAUGGACGACGCGAUAUUAACUUACACGAAUAGUUGUAAGAUGCCUCAGUUUGCGACAAGGGCGACGCUGCUGAGCGCCGAGUGUUUGAAGGGUCGGGGAUUGUAUGGAGAAGCCGCGAAACAACUUAUACGAAUGACCAGCGAGGAUUCGGAUCUACGUUCGGCUUUGCUACUUGAACAGGCCGCUUAUUGCUUCAUCGGUCCGAAGAUGAUGCGUAAAUACGCCUUCCAUGCGGUUCUUGCUGGGCAUAGAUUCUCAAAGGCUGGACAAAGGAAACACUCGUUAAGAUGUUAUCAACAGGCGUAUCAGGUGUACUAUGAAAGAGGCUGGUCUUUGGCCGAAGAUCACAUCCAUUUUACAAUUGGCAGGCAGGCUGCAUCCCUAAAACAAAUUUCCGAGGCUGUGAAGUCGUUUGAAAAGUUACUUAAUGCUUCUAGUAAACAACACGCUGUGCAACAAGCCGCGUUUUUGCGAGAGUUCUUACAUACUCGUAAUUUAUUGUUUCAGGAAAAUGGCACUAGUAAAGGAUUUCCUAUUUUACCUUUGCCAUUGAUAGAUAGCAACAAUAUUAAAGUAUUGUUUGGUCCUUUGAGUAAACAAAGUGAAAACAAUAUUCCGGCAAGUCACGUUACGUUUAAUACCGAGGAGACGGACGAUGCGAAAUGGUGGAGAAUGGAGGAGUUGUUGAUAACCGAAGCGCAAGGCUCUCCACCUAUGAUAUUUAAGCCGACAAUCGCGCUGUACUCUAGAACAAGUAAUAAUAGUAUAAAACCGAAUGCAGUUUUAGACGAACCAGUGCAUUAUUCUAUCGAACUGCACAAUCCGUUGCAUGUUCCACUACCAUUGUCAGAUGUGAGCUUACUAUGGUCAUUUACUUGCAAUAACGAAACUAUUAUGAACGAGAUAGAAACGAGCAAUGAUUCAAAUCCGGUAGUCUCGACAAUCAUAGACGCAAUUCUGUUGCAACCAACAUGCAAACAGAAUAUCAUGCUGUCUCUUAUACCCAGGCGAGUGGGAGAAUUGAGGGUCUUAGGUAUAAGUUAUAAAUUGUCGAAUCCGGCACAGAGAACAAAUGAUUCACCGGUUGCAAAUUCGACCGUAGUUAUCGCCGGUAAAAGAUUGUUUGAGAUUACACCGCCGAAAUUAAAAAAUAUCAAGGAAAAACCUAGUACGAGCUUGUAUGUAAAGGAUUAUCGAUUGGAAGCAAAUGUGAUAGAAAAAGCGCCAUUCAUGCAGAUACUCUUCACCAAGCUGUCACCAGAAAUGCUGUGCGGUGAAAUACAAAAAGUGGAAGUCACGUUAAGAAAUGUAGGCAAUGCACCAUUGACGAAUGUGUACAUCGCAUCCACUGAUGCCAAGCUUUUCACGUUAGAAGGCUCGGAGAUCGAUAAGAGCGAAGAUUCGACGAUAAAGAAAAGUAGUAGAUCAGUCACAAAGGUAGUACUAUCAGCUUCUAUGAAUGGUGCAUUAAAUGUAGGCGAAAUUCAUAAAAUGCCACUUUGGGUGCAAGCUCCGUAUGAAAAGGGCACUCAUAGAUUAGAUUUACUCUUCUAUUACGAAAGCGUCGAACCAAAAACCACGUUGAAACAUCGGUUGUGUCGACACACUUGGCAGUUGACUGUGUUAGAUUCGAUACAAAUUACCGCGAUCGCUGCUAGAAGUGGCUUAUUCAAGGAUGAUUCGCCGACAUUAAAUCUAAUAAUGUCCGUUAAGAAUACCAAUCAAGUACACGAUCCAUCCAUAAAUGAAAUUAUGCUGUCCAAAGUGUCACUUCAUAGCGCUGUUUGGUCCGCAUUUCAUUCUUCCGUUUUACCGCCAAGCAUAAAGGUGCAACCCCAGGAAGUAUUCCAUUUGAUGCUGAAAUUGAAAAAGAAGACUGAUGGUGAAUCGAUUAUUUCCGACGUAUCCUUGACUUGUGAUGACAAAGGCCACGGGACAUCAAUUGACAAUUAUCCGUUUGUCAAUUUUGUACAGAGACGUAAUAUUCAAUCUUUGGAUGUAAAUGAAAAUGCGAAUGAUGUACAGCAAUUUCAAACGCAGCAAAAUGUCGAGCACAGCUCUGUAUCAGAUAUUAUGGCGUUGAAUUCUACGUUAAUCGUUAAGUGGUGUGCCAAUGUCACGGAGAGUGGAGUGGUCACCCGGAUGGCACUCGGGCAACAUCAUCUCGAGCUUGAGCAUUUGAACAAAACGUACAAACACCCGAGCGAGCCGCGUACCGAACGUAAUGAAUUUGGUGCUCGCUUGAAGAUCUUUGGACCGGAUCGAAACGUACCGGAUAUGAUAACCGCUCCUGUUAAAGACCCUGUAUGGGAAGCGGAAUACUUGAAAAGUCUAAUCUCUUAUUCUCUCAGUCAUCAAAGACAGAUUAUACACAGUUUUCAGCGAAAUCGGUUAUGCAUUGUUCCUGUAACGAUAUAUAUACAGAAUCACUCGAAUAUGCGACUCGAUGUUAAAAUAAGUACAAUAGGCACUAGUAGUGAAACCCAUCUUCCAAAUAUUAAAUCUCAACUGUAUUCACCACAAGCUUCAACGUAUUACAAGUACGCUGGGCAUUCGUCAAUUUAUUCUAAUGUUGAAGCGCGUGCAAGUAGCGUCGCAAAGUUACAUGCCGUUUUGCCCAGCACAGGGACAUACGAUUUAGCAGCGCGAAUAGAGAUAUCCGUUAAAGAUGUAAAUAGCAAAGAGUAUGUCGCUCAAAAAGGCAAAAUGGAAAGCAUAUGUAUAAUUAACGACGACAGUACAUAAAUAUAUAGUAUCGCGAUUUUUUAGAGUCAUCAUCGGAUAUGGAAGUAUUUUUAGUGUAAUUCGGAACCAUUCCUUGUCUCUAUCUCUCUCUUUUCAGUGUAUGUACAUGUCAUAUGUUCAAAAUUGUUAUAUUAUAUUACAAUUGAUAUUUUAAUAA